AUGCCAGCAAGUGAAGACCAGCAAAAGAUCAGUGCGGAGGUCGACCACCGGCACUCUACAAAGAGCAGCAGUAGGGGGUUAGCAGAUGGAAGAUUGGAGAAAGAGGCAUCGGCAAUGGUGACAGACAUCAAUUGUUUCCAGUGGUUCCCGGAGCCUGUCUUUGAUAUGUACUGCAAGCUUCCCUUAGACUUGGUAAGCCGUCGAGCACUCGCAUACACUCACCGCCCAUCGCCUCCUUUUCUGGAUACCCAAUUGAGCUACUUGAACUCAGUCCAACACCCUUAUACCCUGAGUCCUACAUUGAACAACUCCACAUACCUCGACUCUACUACGACGUCCGAGAGUAGACCCAAAAUGAUCAGAAUAUCGUCUCUACUCAACGCUCCGCCAUCACCAGGCAUUCUGCCUCCUUUCUCGUCAUUGAGUCCACCUCUCACCCCAGCUCCGACUAGUCAGGCAUCUUCCAUCACAUCCAGCCCUCCACCACAAGUCGCUCGCUCCGGUGGAGCCCCGUCGAGUCUUCGACAGAAGAUAGCCAAAGACGCUCCCGUGUUCAAUCGCAACCCUGCUCGAGGCGAGGUCAACUAUGCCCCGUUCGAGGUGAGCGACAUGUGCGCCUUGCUCAGCAAGCGAGAGCGACAGGAGCUUGCUGAACAACACCGUCGCUUCAACAUCUUCCCCAGUGGUAGCGAUCGAGGUCUGAUCCGAGACUUUGUCCGUCACAUCCCGUAUAAUAGCGAGAAGAAAGCUUUCUCCGACAAGACUGGUCGCGAAGCAUUCGAAUUGUUUCAGUACACCUUCAGCCUGCCAAACGAGCCCAACAAGAGCUACACUGUCAUGUGGGAUUAUCAGAUCGGCCUCGUGCGCAUCACGCCGUUCUUCAAAGCAUGCAACUAUCCCAAGACGCAGCCCAACAAAGUUCUCGGUCUCAACAGCGGUCUGCGAGAACUAUCUUUCAGUAUCACUGGUGGUGCCAUCGCAGCUCAGGGCUACUGGAUGCCAUAUGGAUGUGCUCGCGCUGUUUGUGCCACUUUCUGCUGGCACAUGCGCUGGGCUCUUACCCCUAUCUUUGGUCCCAGCUUCAUCAGAGACUGUCUGCCUCCAAACCAUCCUGGAUUCGCCAGAUUCAUCAUUGAUCCGGAUGUUGUGCGUGUAUGUGCCCGUGAGGCCGAAGGUUGGCGCGUUGCCGGUACCAAUAACUACAGUCCUAUGGCUAAUCACACCGCGUCUGCCACUGCGCUCCCCAUUCCUCGUUCGACGCCCAUGCCGCUGCCAGAGCCUAAGCGUCUUCGUGCUCGACCUACACGCCCUCGUAUCGACACUGCCCAGCUCGGCAGUCCUUUCCGCAGCGACAACGAGAGCGCUGCUAUCCUAAGUGAUACGGCUACGACACGUCGCACCAUCCCCGACUCACCCUCGGUGUCUCCGAAGACCUGCAUCUCUCCCACGGUUCACUGGGCAGCUGUCAAUGAUCGCGAUGGUACACCUACCCCUUGUGUCACUCACGUCAACACGUCCAAACUGCCUGUCGACAUGCAAAACCUUCUGGUCACACCCAUCUCCGCUUCUGGACAAACUCUCUCUAUCCAGGCAGUUGGAACUCGUAAGCGUCGCCGCUCUUCCAACUCACUUGCCAACUUAUCAUCGCCAAUCGCCUCGGUAACCGCUUCCCCUGCCACGGACUCUGGUUCCGAUGGCGAGGACCCCGAGUACGUGGCUUCCGCGAGCGAAAAAGGGGACGAAGACAGCGAUGUCGAGGGAUCAAGCAGCCAGACCAGAACAAGCAAGAAGAGAAAGAUCAAUGUCCCCGGCAUCGGUCGCUUCAGAGCCAGAGAGGUCGAUGCCGCCAAGAUGCUUCUUGCUCUCCACCAGGACGACGCUUGUGUUGGCACUGUUUGA